AUGCUUGUUACACGGCAAUGCGAAACAGGACGGAACACUUGGUCCUCUAAUAAACUUGGGUCUGCUAACUUCGCGUCUCCACGGAUGGCGAACUUUGAGGCUAUACCGCCGCAGCCGGACUGGCGAGAACAGUACUCUUCGUAUCAACUCUCUGGAGAGAAUGGCAUGGUCCACCAAAAUUACGAGCACUCUGCUGGCUCCAACACAAACACCAGUCAACAGCAACCAGCUACCAGACCAACUUUAGAACAUCGACACACACUUGGCCCAAUAAAACCGGAAGGUCCGCCAACUCCUACCAUAGAACGACCAGACUCCGCUCCGGGAGAUUGCGGCCAAUCUUCUGUCAACAGAACUCGAGAUGAAUCUAUGGUUUCGACAGAAUCAGCACCUCUUUCACUUGGGCCGAUCGCACCGAAUUCAACAUCAUCUGCUUCAAGCGCACCACAACAAGGAGCAGGAGUACUCAUGAAUGAAGACGCGUCAGCUCUCUUGAGUCCCAAGGAAGAAGACGAUGACGAUAUCGAUGAUGACGACGAUAUGUUAGAUACUGAAGAUGGAACUUCAUCAACGCCGCAGACGGCGGCUGAACGCAGAGCUGAACGUAGGAAGAUGAAGCGAUUUCGUCUCACUCAUCAACAAACUCGAUUUCUUAUGAGUGAAUUCGCGAAGCAAGCUCACCCAGAUGCUGCUCAUCGCGAGCGUUUGUCACGAGAAAUUCCAGGCCUUAGUCCAAGACAAGUGCAGGUAUGGUUUCAGAACCGACGUGCAAAGAUCAAGAGACUUACUGCGGAUGACCGAGAGCGAAUGAUGAAGAUGAGAGCCGUACCAGAUGAUUUCGACAACGUACAGGCUUUACAUUCUCCUUACGGAGCUGUACACGGUAUUGGAACACCAAUGCAAUCGCCUGUCGAUUUUGUGCCAAAUUACGCGGAUCAUAUGAUACGACCUUUGAUGGUAGACACCAUGCGCAGACAUGAACAAGAAGACCACAUGUCGCCGGGGGGCAUGAGCCCUGGAUAUGGACAUGUUGGAUAUACUCCGGGAAGUUCCAUUGGAACACCUGAUGUCCUCUCACCAUUGUCCAUUAAUUCGUCUGAUCGAUACUUCUCCAGCCAUCUUUCGAGUCCGAUGAGCUCAGGGCCAAGGAGCUCAAAUCCAUUUGAUCGACCACCUCCGGGUUAUCAAGCUGUUUCCCAUUCCCAGCAAAGACAUCACGGCGGCCGACCAUUACAACCAUUACAGCUUCGAGAGACAAUGUCAAGAUCUCGAUCAGAGUCACUUCAGUCGCCAUUGAGAUCCAGUAUGUCUUGGAAAGGUGAAACUUUAGAUUAUGCCAAUUAUCCGACUGGGCAACCAAGUCCUCAAUCAUCUGGACGUCAACAAUCAAUGUACCAGCCCGAGCAGAAUAACGCGGUCAAUGCGCACCAAUUUGAGUCAAACUCUUACCAAAGCUCCAACAUUCAAAACUCACCACAAAACAUGAGCUAUUCACCAUCGCAUCCUCCAUCAUCUUUGCAACAAUCAUCACCAGCUGCCAUGUCCCGUUUGCGAGCUUCCACCGGGGGUGCUUUCCCCCAUGGUCUUGACCUACGCAACCAAUACCGACCUCUCCCCCACCAAGGUCCAUCACAUCUGCCUCCUACUUCCCGCUCAUUCGCGCCCUCAUACUCAGCAGGUUUUGCCAGCGCACCUUUAACGGCGCCAAUGGAAUUCUCCCUCCCUCGGACACCAAGCGACGCAACCCAUCCACAAUUAAGUGCGCCAAUGGCACCGCCGCAAGAUUUCGCAAACGCGUACAACGCAUCAAGAGCUCCACAAAGUGAGCGAGAAUUCAGCUCCCAAGGUCAAGAACAGCAGCAUGCUCAAAGCCAUGCACAGCCUGAACAUCAACCACAAAGAAAUAACAGCGACGGUUCAUCGUAUCUUCGACCCAACGAAUUCCAAGCAAAAGAUAACCGCAAAAGAAGCUUUACUAUGCCUGGAUCUUAUGCCCCUUCUCAUAUGUCUUGA